AUUCCCAAAUCACCCCUUUCAUUCUGACGACCCCUACCAGUCUGACCAAUCAGGCGACGUCCCUUCAUCUGAUCCUCGUCAUAAAGCUCAAACGCGAUGGCAUUUUCGUCGCAAAUGAGAACUAAGAACUCACUCUAGCGUGAAAUCGAAGUCACAAGGAAGAACGUCUCUUUCCUUGAGAAGGUAUCUUCAAUGUCGGGUUCUCGCAAUCUCCUCCCCGUGUCGGUUUCCGCAGUUCGUCCGACUGAUUCGUGCAUUGAAUCGAGAGUUUGAGUUUUCUGAGGUUUGAUUCUGGAGGGUCCGUUCGGAGAAUGUUGGUUCAGAGGGAAGUGGUGAGCUGGAGGAAAGCGGGGAAGUCUCUGCAGGCACUUGUUGCCCAUGGCUUGCUGUUCUCCUUCACCCUUUUGCUUGUUCUCAAGCUCGAUCGCGCCGUUUCUUACUCUUGGUGGCGUAUCUUUUCCCCCCUCUGGCUAUUUCAUGCAGUUGUAGCACGAGGCAGAUUUUCCUUACCUGCUCCAUCUAUGCCACAUGAUCGACAUUGGGCUCCUUUUCAUGCUGUCGUGGCCACACCUUUGCUUGUUGGUUUUGAACUACUCCUUUGUAUAUAUCUUGAGAUCCAUCAUGUGGUUAACUUGAAGAUUGUUUUUCUGCCCUUGCUAGCAUUUGAAACAUCAGUCCUGAUUGACAAUAUUAGGAUGUGUAGGACUUUAAUGCCUGGAGAUGAUGAAACCAUGACGGAUGAAGCAAUAUGGGAGACUCUUCCUCACUUUUGGGUUGCAAUAUCAAUGGUUUUUUUGGUUGCUGCGACAGUGUUCACCCUUCUUAAGCUAUGUGGUGAUCUAGCUGCUUUAGGUUGGUGGGACCUAUUUAUAAAUUUUGGUAUUGCAGAGUGUUUUGCGUUUCUUGUUUGUACAAGGUGGCAUAAUCCAAGGAUUCAUAGGCAUUUUCACAUUAGAGGACCUGGUUCAUCCUCAACAUCUAUUAGAUAUCUUGAUUGGACUAGUGGUACAGACGAAGAUCAGGAUCAGAGCAGACUCUGCAACCUGCAGGAAAUUGGUGGACAUAUUAUGAAAAUUCCACUGAUUGGCUUUCAGAUUUUGCUUUUUAUGCGUUUGGAGGGAACACCAUCAAGUGCUAGACAUUUCCCACUUUUUCUUGUCUUUGCUCCACUGUUUUUGCUGCAAGGUUCUGGGGUCAUGUUUGCCCUAUAUAGAUUGGUGGAUAAAGUUGUUCUUUUAUUGUAUGACGGGGAUGGUGUUGGAAGAUAUUCUACAUUGUCAUCAAAAGUCCGUGAAUGUUUUGGGUUCCUGCAUCAUGGGUCAAGGUUGCUGGGUUGGUGGUCCAUUGAUGAAGGAAGCCGAGAGGAGCAGGCUCGACUUUAUUAUUCCAGGGCUUCUGGGUAUAACACUUUCUCACCCGAUAUUGUGAAGAAACUGCCUAAAACAGACCUUGCUGAGGAGAUUUGGAGAUUACAAGCAGCACUCUCUGAACAGACUGAAAUCACAAAAUAUAGCCAGCAGGAGUAUGAAAGCCUGCAAAAUGAGAAAGUCCUAUGUAGAGUUUGCUUUGAAGAACACAUAAACAUUGUCCUGCUUCCAUGCAGGCAUCACAUCCUUUGCAGUACCUGCUGUGAGAAGUGUAAAAAGUGCCCCAUCUGCCGUGUUUCUAUUGAGGAACGCAUGCCUGUUUAUGAUGUGUAGAGCUUCUACAGCACGUUUCCUCCAGAACUCCACAUUGCUGCCUGCUGCCUGCUGCCUGCUGCGAGUGAUGGUUACUGUAGCAAGUAUGAUUUCUCCCAGCGGUGUUUGCACCUUAUCGAGAAUUGUAAAUAUAAUAUAUGACUUUUCUCUGAAGCUUCACUGAUAGGCGUGAAAAAAUGAGGCAGUUUUGAGGCUGCUUUUGGUAGAAGGAAAGUGGAUGGAAAGUUCCUUUUUUGUUUGGUCCCUGAGAAAUUGAGGAAUGAAAUGAAAGAAAAAAGGUGUUUUUUCCCCCCUUUUCAAAA